GGGCGAUAAUUUUCAUCAAUAUCACAGAAGAAUGAUUAUUUACCCUGGCGUAAUUAGAAGGUUUCUCAGGCAUGUUAAUUAUUCGGCAAUUGGCAUUUACUGUACAGAGGGCUUAUUAAUAAACGCUGACACAUCAUUUGGUGCCGGGAAUCAACUCUGGAUAAUAUCCAGCUGCAUUAACUAGUUUAGUGAAGAGCCUGCACCCAUUUGACUCCAGCCUCCCUGGGUUCUGCGGGCCAACAGCUGGAGGGAACUUCACCCACCAUUCACAGGGGCAGGGCUUCCCCUCAAGGGGCGGGGCCAACCGUGUCUGUGGGGCGGGGCCAACCUUGUCCGCGUGGCCAGCUGGAUUGGCAGGUCAUGGGGCGGGCCAGCGCAUGCGCACUGGCCGGUCCGCGGCUGGCCGGUGGACCAUGGAGGCGCCGAGGCCCUUUGCACAGGACUGGUACGUCCCGUGGCUCCCCAUGACGCGGGAGGCCGAUUUGACGCUGUGGCUCUGUGAGCUCUGGCUACUCCUGCUGACGUCCGGCUUGUGCGCGGGUUUACUGCCGCACGAAGAGGACGUGAACUUUAUCAACGAGUACGUGAACCUCCACAAUGAACUCCGAGGCAAGGUCAAGCCCCCAGGGGCUAACUUGCGCUUCAUGACUUGGGAUGUAGCUUUGUCACGGACUGCUAGAGCAUGGGGGAAAAAAUGUGUUUUUGAGCGUAAUACUCAUUUAGAAGAAAUAAAAAUGGCCCAUCCUAAAUUUAAUGGUAUUGGUGAAAAUAUGUGGGUCGGCCUUGAAAAUGAAUUUACUGCAAGUAUUGCUAUCAGAAGUUGGUAUGCAGAGAAGGAAAGGUACCAUUUUGGAAAUGGCACUUGCUCUGGUGACUGUUCUAAAUAUAUGCAGCUUGUUUGGGACAAGACUUACAAAGUUGGUUGUGCUGUUACUCCAUGUUCAGAAGUUGGACGUAUUAAAUAUGCAGCACUUUUCAUAUGCAACUAUGCACCAGGAGCAACUCUAAGAAGAAAGCCUUAUCAAGAAGGAGUAGUUUGUUCUCAAUGUAACGAAAGUGACAAAUGCACAGAUUUUCUAUGCAGCAAUGCAGAUCGUGAGGAAGCCAUAUAUUAUCAGUUUUGGUAUCCAAGAUGGGAAGUGCCCCGGCCACUUGUGUGUGACCCACUCUGCUUCUUAAUUUUCUUUUUGAGAACACUAAGUUUUACAUUAUGUGCCACAAUUGUUUUGAUAGUACAGUCUUAUUUUCCAAAUAUAUUAACGGAAGAACAGAUGACAUUUCCCCUUGAGGUAACAGAAAAAGAGGAAGAAGAGGAGGAGGAAGGGGAGGCAGAGGAAGAAGAAGAAGAAGAGGAGGAGAAAUCAGAGGAGGAAGAGAAGGAGGAGGAAGAGGAGGAGGAGGAGGAGAAGGAUGAAGAUGACGAGGGUUAG